AUGGCAGAUUGGAGCAAAGUUACAUUGAGAGUUAUGGUGAACAAAGAAAGUAACAAAGUUAUGUAUGCUGAGGCAGGGAAGGAUUUUGUUGAUGCUCUAUUCAGCUUCUUAACAUUGCCUUUAGGUACUAUUGCUAGACGUGUAGCCGAGGAAUCGAAUAUUGAAGGAGUUCGAUUUGGCAUCAUUAGCUCAAUCUAUCAAAGUGUGACAAAUCUUGAUGAACAAUGUCUAUGGACUAAUACUUGCAAGGAAAUGCUACUCAAGCCAAGAAAUUCCAUGGAAGCUUAUUGCCGGAAGAUGAAACUGAAUAUCGAUGACACAGAACCGAUGAAGCACUUCGUCUGUAGGAUAUUUGACUGUGUUAGAAAGGAAAGUGGGAGCCUUUUGAGCUUAUUUAAGAAUCAAAAGUGCAGUUGUGGAUACAUAUUGAACAGAGAAAUGUCCCUACCAACAGAAUGUUUGAUUUUGGAAAGCGGAUUUGUUAAGGAAACUGCUUCGUUUAUUAUUUCUGACGAUCUUUAUGUGAUGCCUAAUGUUUUUGGAACUUAUGCACGAUUACUUCCAAAACAAGAUAUCACUGACAUUGGCGCUUUUGUGGAACAAACAGUUGAUAUAAAAAGGAAAGAGGUAUCCUCUCUAUAUAUAACUCUCUUCUUAAGUAUAUUAUCGGUACUAGAUAUUCUGAAGUUGUCAUUAGUCUCAAAGACGCCGCUGACAGACUUCAUCUUUAAGAAAAAAUAUUGGCAGAUAUCUAUUAAAGUUAUGAGAAGAAAAUCAACUGGCAAGAUUUUGUUUGCUGAAACAAGUGAUGAUUUUAUUAACUUUAUUUACAGUUUUUUAACCUUCCCCUUAGGAGGAGUGCUGCAUAUGUUUCAAGGUUUUUCUUCUUUAAACUGCUUUGAAAAUUUAUACAAAAGCAUGACGGAGUUGAGUCCUGAAAAUUAUUUACUCUCACAAGAUCUCAAAAAUAAACUGACAAAGCUUUCCGUUGUCGCACAAUUUGGGCUUGACAACCCAUCGAAUCGUGGAGAAUUUGUCAAAGGACCAUCGACAUACAUGGUGACCGAUGACUUGGUUGUGACUCCAAUGUCGCCCUUCAAUGCUAUUUCACAUCUUAAUAGCUCAAAUGUUUCACUAUCUGAUGUAGAUGAAAAAGUUGUUACUAUUGGUCAGAAGGAGGGUCUCAGCAUCCUAAAAGCUUGGUUGAACCCAACGUCAUCGUCUGCUGCUUUGACAAUUGGACUCAACCAAUUCCUAACAACCAUUAAGGAGGAGAAAUGACGUAAUUUUCCGGAAUGAAAAUGAAGAAACUAAUGUUGCAGAGGCAGCGAGGGGAAGAAUUACUGCGAUAUUAUCUAUUUGCGGCAAAAACUCUUGAAAAUUAUCUUUGUUUUUGUAUGAUAUGUGCAGAACAAGAUGGAUUCC